CGAAAAAAAAUCUUUUUUCUCGCCAAAAGUAUAACUGUGAUGGACAAGUGGUUUCUAUUUACGUUGGUGUUGGCCUUGUUCCUCAGCAUCGUUGGUACGAAGGAAAUCUCCGACAUGGAUUGGGACUUAUACUUCGCGGAAGGAAAUGCAUCGCAUUUUGAGAAGCAUUCGCGGAUUCGAAGGUACAAAGGGGACGACCUUGAGUGCCCGAAUACCAGUAUUAUGACGUUCGUUGCAAAAAUCAUGCAGCGUCCCAUAGACAUUUGGCGAUCGUUGACAGUGGCCGGGAUAGCGUACGAUUAUUUUAUGUCUAAGGAGCGGGGUGGCUCCGUUAGUUUAAUCCUAUACACGGGUACUUCAAGAAAACCGAGGAAGGUCGUGAUUGCGGAAAAUCACAAAGUUAGCGUUGAGGCACUGAUGGGGGGGGGCUUCGGUCCGAAUCGAAAAACUGUGUUUAUCGCACAUGGAUUCCUUGGAACCGGCAACAAUCAGUGGAUGGAAGAUAUGGCCUAUGCUUAUUUAGACUAUGAAAACGUCAAUGUCGUCGCCAUCGCCUGGGGUGUCCUCGCGCUGGGUCCUGGUUACAUCCAAGCUGCUAAAAAUACCAUAAUAGCAGCCAAUCAAACCAUUGAACUAGCAAAGCAAAUUUUCACUAGUUACCAGACGAACACCAAAUGGGGACCAAUCCACUUGAUUGGGUUCAGCCUGGGUGCCCACGUUGUCGGAAUGAUAGGAGAUAUGUUUAAGAAUUCGAGCAACUAUCCUAUCACCCAGUGGAAGGUCGAGAGAAUCACAGGCCUUGACCCGGCCCACCCUUGCUUCACUGACACCAAAUUUAAACUCGACAAGAACGACGCACCGUUCGUUGAUAUUAUCCACACCAAUGGAAAUCGAGCAUUCGGAGCGACUUUUGGAAUGCUGAAACCCGUUGGUCAUGUUGAUUUCUAUGUCAACGGAGGAGAAGUUCAACCUGGUUGCAGCGUAUCCAGUGUAAUCAAUUUUUUUAUCAAUCUCCUAGCUUCAUGGACCAUGGAUCUAGUGGUAAACUUCGCAGUAUCCGUAUGCAGCCAUGAGACCGCUCCCAAGUACUUCAUCGAGUCCCUGAAAGUCGCCGGUACUAGAAACGGUUCAUUCUUGACAGGGAUAUCAUGGCAGUAUGACAUGUGCCGCGCGAUGUAUUAUACGUACACCAAGAAGUGCGAUGAUGAUUUAUGCCAGCCAAUGGGAAUUGCAGCCCAAAAGCAGCCGGGUGGUGACUUUUUUGUCCCCACUGCCCGAGAUCCUCCAUAUUACGAUAUGGGAGACGAUGAUCUGGAGGCGCUUUCCGAGGAACUGGAGCGCCUGGAUAACGAGGGGAAACCUAGCACUAUGUGAGUGCAGCAUCAAUAUCGAAAUAAUAAGGAUUGCACAUUUUUUCCUCUUUCAAUUUUUACCUCUGGACGGGAUUUCACGUUGACCGUGCGGAAAAUUCCAAUUUUCAUUCGAUACAGUGAGCAGCUGGUUUUCCGCACUCGUCACAAAAAGUUCGAUUUUUUACUAAUUUCAUUGGUGCGUCUAAUUUAUUCCGCAGUUCACUCUUUGCUUUAUUUCCUUCCGCGAUAUAUGGUAUCUUACGUGGAUUCCAACGUUGUUCAACAAUAAUCUUGAAGGUGACUUGUUCGUUUUAUCACUUCGUUACUGAGUUUCCACGUGCGGUAUCGCAGAGCAUAAAAAUAUUUUUUUGUGAAAUGGAAAAAAAAUAUUGCUCCGAAAUUCUAAUAAAAAAUGAAGGUCCGUCAUCGUCGAUUUAUUCUACAGCCACUGAUAUGUAAUCCUGAAAAUGAUAAAAGAAAAAGAAUGUCGACAUGAGUUUGACUCAUGUAAUACAUAGGAAAGGUAAAUGAAUAGAAGCAAUAAAAUACAAUAAUAAAAAUUUGAAGAGGAUAUACAUAAGUCCAAAUAAUUCUAAUCAAUCGAUUGUGUUCUCAGCGUUCUUGAGUCCUUAAUCGUGCAAAAAUAAAAACGCCUUACUGAAAUAUACAAA